AAAAAAAAAAUCAAUCCCUCUUGCUCUCUUCCGUUUUUCAGAUUUUUCCCCUGCUUCACUGCCGAUCUUCUUCCCCUUUUGAUCCUUUUAAUUUUUUUGCUGCUCCUAUUUUUAUUUUCACAUAUAUAUAAUUAUUUAUUUACAGAUUUUUCUUCUGCUCCAAAUUCAAAAAAGUUUAGGCGUUUAGCCCAUUUACUAAAAUCGUUCGUCCCUGCCACCCUCCUGGAUCUCGAUCUCUCAGACUGUCUCAUUUCCCUCACGCUUCCAGUCUCGCCGUCCUCUGGUUCAUCACCGUCGCCGUUAUAGGUGUGGCGCAAGUCCUUCUUCUCUCCGUCCGCCUCUGCUUGCGCAUCUUGCCUCCGAUCGAUUGUAACCGGGUCAGUCGGGGGUGACCCAGUUCGAUUGCCGGGUCGGUUCUGAUUUGAGAUUUGAAAGCAGAAGAAGAUGGAUAAGGCGAAGAUUGAGGAGGUGAUAGAGAAGCAAGUGCUGACGGUGGCGCAGGCCGUUGAGGACAAGAUCGACGAUGAGAUCGCCGCCCUCGACCGCCUAGACGCUGAUGACCUAGAAGCCCUGAGAGAGCGCCGCCUCCAACAGAUGAAGAAGAUGGCCGAGAAGCGCAGCCGUUGGAUCUCCCUCGGACACGGCGAAUACACCGAGAUCCCUUCCGAAAAGGACUUCUUCUCCGUCGUCAAGGCCAGCGAGCGCGUCGUCUGCCAUUUCUACCGCGAAAACUGGCCCUGCAAGGUGGUUGAUAAACAUUUGAGUAUAUUGGCAAAGCAGCAUAUCGAGACUCGUUUUGUGAAAAUUAAUGCUGAAAAGAGUCCUUUUUUGGCUGAGAAGCUCAAGAUCAUUGUUCUUCCAACUCUUGCCCUCAUUAAGAAUGCCAAAGUGGAUGACUAUGUGGUGGGAUUCGACGAACUUGGUGGGACUGAUGAAUUUAGCACAGAGGAUUUGGAAGAGAGAUUGGCUAAAGCUCAAGUAAUCUUUUUUGAGGGUGAAUCUUCAUCAAGGUCAAGUGCGCAAACUAAAAGAAGUGUUCGGCAGAGCUCAACAGCAGACUCAUCGGAUUCCGAAUGAGUUGUAUUUCCUGUUGGGUGAAUUUUAUGGUGGCUUUGUUGUGGUACCUAAAUUGCCUAACUUAUCUUUUGAAUUUUAUGCGAAUUGUACUAAUGAUGCUAAUCCUAUCCUAUCUUGUAUUUUCCAACCUAUCCUAUAUAUAUUGAAUUAUUCAGGUGUCAAUGUAUUUUAUGAUAUCCAAGAGAUCAUUUCGUGCCAA